AUGUUACUCUUGAAGUUACUUCUAAGCUUCCUGAGUUUAUUUUACUCUCAUUCAGCUGUUCUGCAUGCAUACUCUCCUGGGGACAUCAUAAUUGGAGGACUUAUUCCGAUCCACUUGAAAACCAUUGUAAACGAAGUCCCUGGAAACGUCUUCUGUAGCGACUAUAAUGUCCAAACAUUCCUGCACACUCAAGCUAUGAUAUACGCCAUUGAAGAAAUAAACCAACGGACUCCAAGCCUGCUACCCAACCUCACUUUGGGAUAUGAUAUUUACGAUACUUGUGGAGAUGUAAGUCUUGCUAUCAGAGAAACUCUGCAGCUGAUGAACAACCAGUCAGACCCCAAGAGCUGUCUACUACCAGAACACAUCAAUUUGCCUUUACUUGAAACUCAAACAAAGGCGGUGAUUGGUGAGAGGUACUCCGAAGUAUCCACAGCUGUUGCGAGGAUUCUUGCUCUGACAUCAGUUACCCAGAUUAGCUAUGCAUCAACCAGCGCGAUUCUCAGCAAUAAAUUCAAGUUCCCCACUUUCUUCCGAACUGUUCCCAGCGAUGAGUUUCAAACAAAAGCCAUUUUUGAGCUGGUGAAGGAGUUUAACUGGAAAACAGUGGCCAUUGUGGGGAGUGAUGAUGAGUAUGGGAAGCGUGGAAGUGAUCAACUUGAAUACAUCUUCAGAAACAAUUAUGUUUGUGUAGCUCUCGUUGAAAUUCUGUCUAGUGACUUCCUUGAACGCAAUUCCAACACCGCUGACAAAGUAAUGAAUCUGAUAAAAAAAAUUGAAACCUCUGUAGCUGAGGCUAUCAUCUUAUUCACUACAGACAUCAUCGUUGACACGAUCUUGACGGGAGUGAUUGCAAAUAACCUGAACAGAACCUGGAUUGCAAGUGAUUCGUGGUCCACCUCUUUAAAGAUCUCUAAGACUCCAGGAAUUGAAAACAUCGGACAGGUUUUUGGAUUCACCUUUAAGAGGAACGAGGUGCCUGGUUUUAGAGAGCAUGUUCGCUCAAUGUUCAAUGGGAGGACGAACGACCUUCUUGAAUAUCACAUGAAUCAGUAUCCAAGCUGCUCAGAUGACUCUGAGGAGGAAAUAAAAUGUAACUGCUCCAUGACGUGUUCGGACCCAAACUGCUUGGCUUCAUGCGUUGACUACGAUGAAUCUUACAGCAUCUAUCUGGCCGUUCAGGUCAUCGCCGAGGGUCUCAGACGUUUACUGAACUGUGACAACCAGAGCUGUGAACGCACCGACUUUACAGCCUUUCAACUUUUAAAGGAAAUUCAGAACACCAGCAUAACUGUGAACACCACAAACGUAUACUUCCACAAUGGAGACCCCAAUUUUGGAUAUGAUAUUGUGUACUGGAACAAAUCAGAAUCCAACCAGGGUGUGACAGUAGAACCCAUCGGAGAAUACUGGCCAGGCAGAAACAUCUCACUUCCAGAUAAACUCAGUGCAAGGAUGAAUUCUGGGAAGGUGACUGUUUUCAACUGCUUCAAAACAUGUGCACCAGGACAGAUGUUACAAAUAACAAGUAGACCAUGCUGCUUUGAGUGCGUUCCAUGUCAGCAGGGACAUGUUUCAAACGGUCAGUGUACAGAGUGUGUGCGCUGUGAAGGACUGACAUAUUCAUCUCAACUCAAAGAUAAGUGUUUGGAAAAAACUGAUGAUUAUCUCUUCUGGACAGAUCCUGUCUCCAUCAUCUUGAGCAUUGUUGCAAGCCUUGCAAUAAUCAUAAUCAUUGUGUUUGCUAUUGUGAUUAGACUCAACUGUCACACUCCAGUUGUGAAGGCUGUUGGAGGUCAUUUGUGUUUCUUGGAGCUCCUUUCUCUUCUGUUAAACGCUUCUCUUACCUUCACUUUCCCAGGAAAGCCCACAAAGAACACUUGUGUAGGGAUUCCCCUCUUUGGGUUUGGUUUUGCCAUGUGUAUGUCCUGUAUUUUGGCUAACUUGUUUCAGAUUAUGAUGGGUUUCAACUUUGAUGUGAGGUUUAGGUCCUGGAUUAAGAGGAUCCAUCAGCCAGUCGUUGUAGUGGUAAUCAUCUCUGGGAUCCAGUUGGCUGUGUCGGUGACGUGGCUGAUUCUUUUCUUACCGUGUCCGAUUGAGGAGCAGACAUCCACAACCAUCUUGCACCAGUGUGACACGAGCCAUAAGUUUCAAAAGUUUUUUGCUGCCACAGUUACGUAUAAUGCUUUAUUGGGCUUUGUUUGCUUCCUGUUUGCAUUCAAAAGCAAAAAGUUGCCAGAUUUGUACAAAAAUGCAUUAUUGGUUACAAUAAGCAUGGUGCUGUUUUUAACCAUAUGGAUCAUUUUCCUCCCACUUUUUCUCACAUUGGAGGGAAGGUAUAAACCAGCCAUAAGUGGUGUGGCCAUACUUAUUUCCACUUACAGCAUCCUCGGCUGUCAUUUGGCUCCCAAGUGUUACAUUAUGGUGUUCAGGAAAGAGCUUAAUAAUCAGAAUGCCAUUUCGGAGUACAUCAGGAAGCAUUAUGAACAGAAAAACAUGACUGUGUGCCAAUAA